AUGAAUUCUAAAAGCAAUCCAACUUUUGCUCACCUAUCUGUGAUCAUUCAUUUAUUUGGUACCGUACGAUUCGUUUUUGAAAUGUCAGAAGCUGAACGUACAAAAUUCUCCGGUGCAUGGAGUUGGUAUGAACAUCACUUAAAUAUAGCUACAAAAUUAUUUACAAUUGAUCAUGAUUUUCCAAGUAAAUCAAUGAUUGUAUCACCAUCAAUUUCACCUAAACAGAAAACAUUAAAACAAUUAAUAAUGUAUUUGGAUUUCAAUAUUUUUCCCUUAUCAGUAAUAAGUGUUAAACAUCCCAUUACAGAAAAAACAGGUAUAACUAAGAAUAGACCAGCAUUAGGUGAACGAGCACUUCAAGAACUAAUAAUGAUCACUUACUCAAAUUUAAUUAUUUUUUAA